CUCUCUUGUCCACCCUGCUUUUCACUCCCAGGGUCUGGGAAGCGCCCAGUCUUUCGGUCCCCGGUCACACUGCCCCAUCGCACUUCCCCUCCUUGGUUUCCUCCAAGGGAAAAGCAAAACUUUCUGCGCUGCGGUCUGGGAGCCGCGAGGGGCGGCGCGCGUGUGCGAGGGGCCGAGGCUGGAGAGGAAGCGGCGGUCCUGGGCAGGAGGAAGGAGCCAGCCCUCGGCUCGGCCCCCUGCCCGUUUCCCGCCGCCUCCAAGGCCGCCGCCACCACCAUCACCACAGUCACCGCCGUCCGGGCACAGCCGGCCACACGAUGCAGGGCGGGGGUCCGCGGGGCGCUCCGAUCCACGGUCCGAGCCACGGCGCAGACCGUGGGCAUGGCUCACCCCCUGCAGUAGCCCCUCAGAGGCGGCGGCUGACACGGAGACCAGGCUACAUGAGAAGCACUGCCGGUCCUGGGAUCGGGUUCCUCUCUCCAGCAGUGGGCAUGCCACGCCCGAUCUCAGCAGGGCUGACAGGCCAGGAGUCCCACCACUCACAGUCCAAGGCUGGACGGUGCGGCCUUGACCCUAGGAGCCACUGCCAAGGCUCGCUGGUGGGCAACCCUUUCCUCAAGAGCUCCCUUGACCCUUCUGUAUCCUCUGUGGGCCACCUGCACCCAGCCCAGGGCUCUCUGAGAGAAAGGCCAGUGUGCUUUGGGGUUCAGUCCAAGAAUGACAGCAGACAAUCUGAGAGGCUGACUGGGCCACGCAAGCCUGGGGACAGUGGGUGCUGGCAAGAAUUUUUAUCCUCAGACAGCUCUAAGUCUCUGGCUCCUGGCCUUGACGUAGCCUGGAACAAGGGAGCAAGGGGUCUGAAGCCCGUGAAACCUCGGGCACCAGGGGCGUCGGAUGGCCCCGCUGACAUCCCAUCCCGUCCUGGCUUCCAAGACACCUUUACUUCCAGUUUCAGCUUCAUCCGACUCUCCCUCGGUGCUGCUGGAGAGCGCGGUGAAGCAGAAGGUUGCCUGCCCUCCAGAGAGGCCGAACCCCUGCAUCCGAGGCCCCAAGAGAUGGCAGCUGAAGCAUCGGGCUCAGAUAGGCCCCACGGGGACCCUGGGCAUCUCUGCACCUUCAGUCUUCACACUGCCCCAGGCUCGGUGGACUUGGCUCAGGUGACAAGGAGCAGCAGGCAACCGGAAUGCAGCACGGUUUCCUCCUCGGAUGCUGGCUUCUCUUCCCAGGAUGCAUCCCCCGCUGGUGGGCGGGGCGACCAGGGCCUCGGCUGGGCAGAUGCCCGAGGAUGGCAGGCUUUGCUUAGGGAAUGGGAGCCCGUGCUGCAGGACUACCUACUGAGCAACCGCAGGCAGCUGGAGGUCACUUCCUUAAUUUUAAAGCUUCAGAACCUUCAAGAAAAAGCAGUCGAGGAUGGCGAUUAUGAUACUGCGGAGACACUGAGGCAGAGGUUGGAAGACCUGGAACAGGAGAAAGGCCGCCUGCCCUGGGCUCUGCCUUCACAGCAGCCUGCUCUUCACAGCUUCUUGGGUUACCUGGCAGCGAAGACGCGAGUGGCCUUGCGUGGCGCCACCCAAAGGGCUGGCAGCGGUGAUCCAGAAGCCCCACUUGAGGGACAGCCGAGGACAACCGCCCAGGAUAGCCCGCCUGCACCCAUCACCAGGCGGGACUGGCUUAUUCGAGAGAGACAGCAACUGCAGAAGGAAAUGGAAGCUCUCCAAGCAAGGAUGUCUGCGCUGGAGGCAGAGGAACGGAGGCGGCGGAGCCAAGAGUUGGAGGAGCAGGAGACGCUGCUCCAUUGGCAGGGCUGUGACCUGAUGGCACUGGUGGCCCAGAUGUCCCCAGGCCAGCUGCAGGAGGUCAACAAGGCCUUGGGAGAGACCCUGACCUCUGCCAGCCAGGCUGCCUUCCCCGUGGAGCCACCCGAAAGCCUCAGGAGCCUCCGGGAAAGGACAAAAUCACUGAACCUGGCUAUCAGAGAACUCACUGCGCAGGUGUGCUCAGGUGAGAAGCUGUGUAGCUCUCUGAGGAGGCGACUCAGUGACCUUGACACCAGGCUGCCUGCCUUGCUGGAAGCCAAGAUGCUGGCCCUAUCAGGAAGCUGCUUCUCCACAGCCAAGGAGCUCGAGGAGGAGAUUUGGGCCCUGUCGUCGGAGCGGGAAGGGCUAGAGACGCUCCUGGGCAGGCUGUUGGCCUUCAGCUCCAGGACCGUCAGAAGACUGGGCAGCAUCAAAGAGGAUUACCUCAGGUGCAGGCAGGACCUGGCACUCCAGGAAGCCGCCCACAAAACUCGCGUGAAGGCAAACACUGCAAAGUCCAUGGAAGUGCUGGAGGGUCAGCUGAACAGCUGCAGGUGCCCGCUGCUUGCGAGAGUGUGGAGAGCAGACUUGGAGGCUUGUCAGGUGCUGAUGCAGAGCCUGCAGCUCCAGGAAGUAGGCAUCGGUCCACAUGCGGAAGAUGAGAAGCAGGUGCACAGCGCAGGAGAGGCUGCCCCGACAGCUGCCCUGGCCGUCCCUCGAACACCCCGCCCUGAAGAGGACAAGUGCCCCCUGCAGGUGCUCCGUGAGUGCGACCCUCACUCAGCUCCCUCACCACGCUGUGCUGCAGGCCCGUGGAAAGAGGAACCUCACGUCGUUUCUGCUGAAGUUGGAGAAAAGUGUGAAGCCAUAGGUGUGAGGCUCCUGCACCUGGAAGAUGAGCUUCUCAGGGCCAUGCACAGUCAAGAUGACGCCCUCCUUCAGUCUCUCCAGGGGGAGCUCCAGAUGGUGAAGGAAACGCUGCAGGCCAUGAUCCUGCAGCUCCAGCCAACAAAGGAGGCAGGAGGAGAGGCCUCAGCUUCCUGUUGGACAGCUGGGACUCAGGAAGCCGAGGCCUGAGCCUGGUCUUUCUCCAUAUGAAACCAAUCCUGAGAUGGCCACUGUACCUGCCGGGGUCUUUCCACAGGCACUCCAAUGCCAGGAGCCCACAAACUUCAGAGCCUGUGCAUGUCCUUAGCUCCCCAGUCUGCUUCCUCUGGGGGCUCUGCUCAGUCUCAGGAGAUGUCUACAAGAUGCCUCAACAAGGUGCAGCCUUUAUGUUCUACAGCGGUGGCUGCAGCUGAGAACCAGUAGCACCAGCAGAACCACCUCACCACCACCACCACCUUACACCACUACCACCACUACCACCUCACCACCACCACCACCACCACCUUACACCACUACCACCACUACCACCUCACCACCACCACCAGUGCCUGCUGCUGCAUCAUCAGGUCAUUCUGAGAUUUUGGCCAAUGAGGUGGGAGGCACGAAUGUGGGGAGGGUCAUAGGUGCAUGAAGAGACAAUAGACUCGGUUGAGGUUGAGCCUUUCCAGUUCCUGCUCUCUCUCCAUGGAGUUACGGUAUGGAGCCUACAGAGCAGAGUGUAUUCACUGAGGGAGGUGAUGCGGGCUCAGCCAGGCAGCUCACUGCUCCACAAGGGCGUGCUGCACAAGUUUCCCGUGCACCGCUCCCUGGGUUCAGCUGAGACCCCGCUGAGGCAGCUGCAGGCAGGUUGUUCAAGCAGCCUGAAGAGAAUUAUGAAAGUGCGUCAGGUAGUUUUCUAUUGUUGUGAAAAACUACCUGGCAAACGUAACUUGGUAGGAAGGAAGGAAGGAAGGAAGGAAGGAAGGAAGGAAGGAAGGAAGGAGGGAAGGAGGGUAGUGGGUUUAUUUGGGCUCUGGGUUUGAGUCUACAGUCUAUCACAGUAGGGAAUGCAUGAUGGCAGGACCAUGAGGCAGCUGUUCAUGCCGUGCCGUCAGCCAGGAAGCAGAGAGAUCACCGCUGCUUCAAUCAGUUUCCCCUUUCCAUUCAGUACAAAGUCUCAGCCAUGUGGUGCUAUCGCCCACAUUUGCAGUGAGUUUCCCUCAGUCAAGAGUCUUCAGAAACGCCCUUAUGGACAUGCUUGAAGUUUUGCCUCUUAGGUGACUCUGGGCCCAGUGAAGCUGAUAAUGAUGAAUUACCACAGGAGGCUACCUCAGAGCUAGAAGUCUAGAUGGUGAGACCCUGAUGUCAUAACUCCUGCUUGGGAGUCAGCUCAGCUAGCCGCCCUGUAAGAAGGCUGGUACCAUAAACUCUGCCGGCUUCCACCAAGCCCCAGCAUUCCCAAGCCGAACGGACUUCAGAUUUCUUUAUGAGAAUUCCUUCCCUCAGUACCUCAGCCUUGGGAGACAUUAUGUUGUACCCUCUGGGAUGACACCAGUGCUCCUCUGUCUUGGAGACCAAGCCCAACAUUCUCCCACUGAGCUCAGCAGUCUGAUGAGUCUGCGUGGGAAGACCUCUCUAAGAUGCUCUGCUCGCGGGUUGUGGGUGUAGCUAUAGACAGGCUCCUUCUGGGCCCAUGGAUCCAGCUCCUAACCCUUCCAUUUCUGGAAGGGUGCCCAAUGACUAUCCAAGCCUUCCAUGCUGAGGAUCACUCUAUCCUUGUUUGAAGAGAAGCCUGCUCACUGACUUCCUGCUAUCUGAACAAUUUUGAAGACAUGUUUUGUAUAUUUGAACAAGAAGCAUGUUUAGUUUGUUUCCAGCCUUGAUGUUUUGAUGAUGAAACAAUUUCCUGAAUAGCUUAUAAUCACGUCUCUAAAAGUCCGGUGAAGGAGUCACAUGGCACCUGGAGUCCCCCAAAUCCUUGGUGUGAUUUUAGUGAAGCAAACUUAAAGUCGGGAUCACCCCUGGUUUGCUGAGACCUUCCUAACUGACACCUUCAAAGGGAGCGUCCAGGCAUGCAUCACCUGACUGUCACUCCCAGCCUGGGUGGUUUCUAUUAAUUCUGACACCACUGUAGCUCUCUGUGAGGUCACAAAACCUUUGAAAGCCUAAGGCACUGAGAAAUCCCUCAGGGAGAGGGGCAACUGAGAGUGCCUAGUGACUGGUUGGUUGAGUGGCACUUUAAUCAUGAGUUGUCACACAUCUCCUGUCAUCCCCUGGUCUUGGAGUGCCAUCCAGGUUCAUUCAGUGUUGAAGACUGGUGUCUCCUGAAACCACACAACUGUCUCAUGACAACCUUCCUCGCAUUAGCCACUUGGGCCCUAGGAAAUUCAGGACUUUUGGCUCCCCAACUAUAGGACAGGACAGGUUUUGACAGAGCCAUAUAUAAAUGCCCCAUGGGAGGUUGAGGCCUAAGUUUAGACUGUUAUGAGAGGACCAAGCCCCCAGCACAGGUGUGUGUUAAAAGGGGGACACAAUGUCAGUCUUGUUUAUGACAACCACACAUGUUUAUCUUAUAAAUAUGCUCUAUUUUCCUUAUUCAUUCAUAGGUUGAUGGGCUGAUUUCAUAAUCCAUCUGUCACUAUGAUGUUCUGCAAGGGAGGGACCUGGGGGGGAGGGGAGGGGCGGCACCAGUUUGAGCAUCUUCAUUACCUCAUUAUUGCCAGGUCUAGCUCCUGAAACUUUAUAGUAUUGAUCAAUCCCUGAAUCAGGUUAAUAUGACACAAUUGGUUCUAGUCCUGCCUGGUGAUGAGGCUGCUUCCCAGCCCAGGAAUGCUUGUGGAUGGGCACCCCACUGCUGAGCCCUUCGCAGCCAGUCCUGCAACCACACUUCUCUGAGGAGGGUGCUCCACAGUGAGGAGAGUGCUCCACACAGAAGGGAGUGCUCCACACAGAGGAGAGUGCUCCACACAGAAGGGAGUGCUCCACACAGAAGGGAGUGCUCCACACAGAAGGGAGUGCUCCACACAGAAGGGAGUGCUCCACACAGAAGGGGGUGCUCCACACAGAUGAGAGUGUUCACAGGCCUCAGAAUGGCCAAGUCCUCUUUCUAAGGCUCAGAGUUGGUUCAAAGGAGGGUCACAGGGAAUCCUGACCCCCACAGGCAGCUGCUCCUAACCAGUGUCCUUUCUAAAGUGCCUUUGAUGUCCUCUUAGAAUUUUGAGCUGUAAACUCAUUCACCAGCUAAAGCCCAUGGCUGCCCUGUGAGUUCUGUCUGAGAACAGCAAGUCACUGAAGUCGGGGUCCCCUCACCCCAAGCGUACUGUACUAGUGCUGUGUAGCCUGGGCUCUGGUUGGUUAUAGAAACCCCAGGCUCUAUCCACGGUCCUGGCUCAGCCUUUCCCAGUCAUCCAAAGAUCAUUCAAGGGGUGCCACUUACACCCCCAUCCUGGGUGAGUUCUCUGGAAACUUUCUAUGUAACUGGUAUUUCUCAGACCACGUUCAUGUAUUAUGGGCAACAUGAACAACAUGUACAUGUAUGCACACGUCCGUGUGCUGUGGUUAACAGCAACCACGUGCAAGUUGGUCAGCACCCUCUUGUGUACAAAUUGACCUUUAAUUUUAAUACCACCGCUUUAUUUGAUCUUUUGAUUUUUGUCAUGUAAGUUAUUGCUUUAUUAAGUGUCCUGCUCUGUGUGAAAUGAAAACUGGUACCCAAGCCGUGGUGCUCCAUGGGACCAUUUGGUAUUCUGGAGCAGAGAUGAGAGAAAGGGCCAGAUUGGUUCAUCUUGCCAAUCUGUGACAAGACAAUUAAAUAAUUUUAUGUUUGCUUAGACAAACCAGAAUAUUUGCAAUAAAG